AUGUCUCAAAACUCCGAUUCCGGCGCUGAGAGCGUCAAAACCGAUAUUCUCCUUGCGAUCAGGCAUGAGCAUCUUGCCAAAAUCAUCAGCCGCGAGAAGAACCACGAGUAUCGCAAAUAUCGCCUCAACGAUGGUGUGUGCCGCCUCUGGCUGUAUGAAACUGCACACGAUGGUGGAAGCUCUUCCAUAACACAUAUCGCCGUCAUUCCUCCCAAUACCCGCCAUGAACCAGGUGAAGUCCCUAAUGAGCCCCAUGGCAUCGGCAAUGAAGACUUCAACGCUGGUGUCAAGGAGUCCAAAUUCGGAUACCCCAUUCUCGAACUUUACGAACUUGAGAGCCCGGUGACUCUGAAUGAGUUGAAGGCGCGCUGGGGGUUCAAUGGUCCACCCCAGGGACGCCAGUACGUGAAGACAGAGCUGUGGGAGGAUAGAUGGGGUGAGCAGGGGGACAGGAGUGAGAAGGUUAAGAAGGUUUUUUAA